AUGCUUGAACUUUAUUGGCGUGUGGAUAUUCGAUAUUUGGACGGUUUGCAGAGUUUGUGUGGUUCUCAACGAGAGAGAACGCACAUCUCCAGAGGCAGCUGCAGGGCCGUCAAAGCAGAGUCACUGACGGUGGUUUGAAACAGAUGGCCAUCGGGGGAAAAAUUGCAGAGGUGAGAUCUAUUUGAAGCUUACAUCUUCAAAGGCAGGGCCGUCAAAGCAAGUUCCCUACGAUAGCUUGGAACAAAUGGCAAUCCAAAAAAAACUUGCAGAGGUCAGAUCUAGGGAAUGUUGUGGAAUGCAGGAUUUAGAACAAUUGGUAAUAGAAGAAUACACUGGUCUGCAUGCUGGACAGUUGUGGGUUGUCCCGUGGGCGUUUGCAUCUUCAGCAUUGUUAUCAUCUUUGCUAAAGCCUUGACUCUCUGCUUUUGAAACUGAUGAGUGAAUUUUAACAUUUUAAUUGUUCACACUUUAAUGGUAAUAUGUUUGCUCCGCAUGCGAUUCUCGCCCAGCAGAUUUCAAACUCCCCUGCUGCGUCUGUUUUACCUUCGUCUGCGGAUGUCCACCACAAGGUUGGUGCCUCCCAUGUUGCCGCCCCUACACCUUCUGCCGCAGCUGUUGCCCCUACCCUUGUUGCUGCAACUUUUGCAAUGGAGGCUUCGGGGAUUGUGGCUAGUCCCCCACCUUCUCCUCAGGCUGUGUAGGUUGCUGCUGUUGAUGGUGGUCAGGUUCGGGCUUCUUUUGGUGUUGGGAACCCCUCUCAAGAACAAAUGCCUUAAUUUUAAGAAAAUGCUUACUUCACAUACUCUGUUUCAGAUUGUUCAACUAGAGUCUUCCUCAGGUAUACCACUUUGAGGAAAAAUAAAUAAAAUAAAUGGCUACAACAGCGGUGAGGUCUCCCUCCUGAGUAAGGAUUAUAAAAGAUCCAGCUCGAACCGCUGAGAUGAACUGAGGCAUUUCAGGACAAGCCUUUGCUGUUGGGGACUUGAUCAAUCCACCAGAUUAAGAAGAGCAUUUUCACUGAUUCUGUUUAUUUUGUUUACAAUUUGUGUUCCUGUUUUUAGUUCGAUCUUUGUAGAAUGCCCUAAAUGUGAUGAAAAAGGCUAUGCCUUUGAUAAUCUCGUUCAGAUUCCUCAGUGCAUACUUGCUUCCAUCUCUUUUAUUGUCCUUUCCCACUACCUGCAGAAAUAUGGUCUCAGAAAAUUCUUGUUCUUGGACCAACUGUGCGAUGACACUGCUCAAGUGCAACUGGGGUACACAACGGAGCUCGAUAAAGCUUUCAAACUAUUAGCCUGGAUUCUCCUUCCUUCCUUCCUUAUUGAAAUUGUUCACAAAAUUUUAUGGUACUCAACUGUAACCGUCUCAAUUCCCUUCAUCAGUGGCCGGAUUCUUAGCACUUUGUUAGUCUUUACAGCUGUUAUUAUGUCGUGGCUUUAUAGAACCGGUGUUUUCCUCUUAGUUUGUAUGCUGUUCCGCUUGACAUGUCAUCUGCAAAUUCUCCGGUUUGAUGGUUUCAGGAAGUUUCUUGAAGAGUAUAGUUCUGAUGUUAGUAUUAUUUUGAAGGAGCACACGAGAAUUAGGCAUCAAUUGUUUCUUACUAGCCACUGUUUUCGAUUUUUCGUUCUUGCUUUACCAUCAGUCAGUUUGCUGCUCUUCUGAUGACAUUGUCCUCUCGCACCGAGAUCAAUUUCUUUAAUGCUGGAGAUUUAGUGGUUUGUUCUGUUGUCCAAGUCACUGGUUUCUUGCUUUGCUUAUUGGGAGCUGCAAGAAUUACACACAGAGCUCAAGGAACAGUCUCUGUUGCUACAAGAUGGCAUGUACUGGCUACCUGCACCUCCUAUGGUUCCUCUUAUCCUCAGACAGAAAACUUACCAUCACCUCAGUCACAUGUAGAGAGUUCUGUAAAUCCUUUCUCUUGUGUCGACUCUGCCAGCGAUUCUGAAACAUCUGAAGUAUUUUUCAUGUUUCCAUCCAAAGAUGCUUCAGCUGCCUUUGAGAUUAGACAAGCAUUUGGUUUAGGAAUACAAAAGCUCUGAACAGCCAGAAAGCUCACAGAAAAGCCUGAAAUAAAAUACACAGUUUAUUAUCAUUGUACUCGUUUGACUAGUUUCAUCUUCAGAAAAGAAUGGAAGCGGAUACAUUUGCUAAAUAUUUGCAUUGCAUAUAUAUAUAUAUAUAUUCUUACACUUUGAA